UUGCAUAAAAAAGAAGAAGAAGAAGUGUCUGCUUCAAAUUCCAAAGCAAACGUGGAGGAGCUGACUCCAAAAUCUCGUUCGUCAUCAAGGGAACCGGCAGCGUUGAAAAAAUCGUCGAAAUGCAUAUUUUGUAAGAAGGUAACAAGAAACCAAGAUAAGCAGCUACAUUUAUGUUUGGAAAUUUCAGCAGCGGAAAAAAUUUUUAGUACUGCACGUAGGAAAGAAGAUCAUGUUUUUACUGAACUGAGUACUUGUCAACGGCCUGAAGAUUUAUUUGCUAUCGGAGUGAGAUAUCACAAACAUUGUUACCUUGAUUAUUUAAGAUUACCGAGAAGUUCUGAAUUGCCAGCUGGUCGACCGUCAAAUCAAAUCCCUAAAGAAAUACUUAUAAAUGCAUUUGACAAACUAAUAGAUGAAAUUAAAGACCGGUUACCAACACAAUCCAACGACUCGCUGAACUUACAAAUAUUGAGGGUGCAGUGA